ACGCCGGACCUGAAGGGUUUCGGGCAAGAGCUGCGGGCACAGCGAGGGCAAAAGCGACGUUGAUUUGGCGCAGUGCAGGGGGCUGCGAAGAGAGGUUAACGGAGCAACGCUGCCUCCCGCUUCGACCCUGCGCGGCCCCCGGGCGGGGCAGCCGGCCUGGACUGGACCAAACCGGCGAGCGGGGGGAGGCUGCCGGCGGAUUCGCGCCUGCGCAAAGGCCUGGAGGCGAGUGGCGUAGAAGGGGUGUCCGCAGCAGGAGGGGCAGCGCCUGUGUCCUCCUCCUCCUGGGGGCUCGGGCCAGUGCCGAGUGGGGCCGUCCCUAGGCGGCUGCCCGUCGCAGCCGUGCCCGAGAGCGGCGGUUCGAGAAGCGGCGAGCUGGAGUCUUUGCGGUGCGCCGGUCUCUGCCGGUGCGGAAGCGCUGCGGUGCCUUCCGCGCCACCUCGGACCGCCGAGGCGGGGCCCUGAGGAGUGUUCACCUGAAGGCGCCAUUGGAGAGCGGGAUUUUUUUGUUAAAAGUAGGCAAAAAUGGUGACAUUAAUUCACACUUUAGCUGAUCACAGUGACGAUGUCAACUACUGUGCCUUCUCCUCGUCGUGCUUGGCCACUUGCUCCUUGGACAAAACAAUUCGUGUUUAUUCUUUAGAGGACUUCACUGAGCUUCCAUACUCGCCUUUAAAAGGCCACACAUAUGCUGUCCACUGCUGCUGCUUCUCUCCGUCAGGACACUUUUUAGCUUCGUGUUCCACAGAUGGCACUAGUGUGGUAUGGGACUCUGGCAACGGUCAGAUGCUGGCAGUGCUGGAGCAGCCCAGCAGCAGUCCUGUUAGAAUCUGCCGAUUUUCACCUGACUCCACUUGUCUGGUGUCAGGGGCAGCUGAUGGCAGUGUAGUCGUUUGGAACGUGCAGUCUUUAAGGAUGUACAGAUCUGGGAAUGUUAAAGAUGGUUCAUUGGUGGCCUGUGCGUUUGCUCCUAGUGGAAACUUCUUUGUCACAGGAUCAUCAUGUGGUGAUUUAACUGUUUGGGAUGAUAAAAUGAGAUGCCUGUGUAACGAAAAAGCACAUGACCUUGGUGUGACAUGCUGUGAUAUUUCUUCACAGCCAGUUUCUGAUGGUGAACAUGCAUUCAGAUACUUCCAGAUGGCUUCUUGUGGUCAAGAUAAUCAGAUCAAACUCUGGCUUAUUUUGCUUGCAGAUUCCUCAGGUGUUGAAUUAAAAUACAGAUGCACAUUGAAUGGACAUUCGGCCCCAGUUCUGGCUUGUGCAUUUUCUCCUGAUGGGCAGAUGUUAGUUUCAGGGUCUGUGGACAAGUGUGUCAUCAUACAUGAAACUAGUACUGGCAAUACCCUACAUACUUUGUCUCAGCACACCAGAUACGUUACAACAUGUGCAUUUGCACCAUGCAGUCCCUUACUUGCCACCGGUUCCAUGGAUAAAACUGUGAACAUCUGGCAGUUUGACCUUAAGCAAGCCUCUGCAGGAAAUGCUGUAAAAAGUGAAUCCAAGGUGGCUGUUGAGGACUGGUCAGAGGAUGAUGUUUCAGCUUGGCUUUGUGCACAAGACUUAGCAGACUUUGUUGGACUUUUCAAAAGGAAUAACAUUGAUGGCAAGGAACUCCUGAAACUUACUAAAGAAAGUCUGGCUGGUGAAUUAAAAAUUGGUGAUACUCUUAACUAAUGUUUCACAACUCUCAACCUCAUCUUGUAGAUUGUUAAACAUUGCCCUGCAAACUCCUCCUGAUACAUGAACUUUUAUUGUAGUUCAGUGCUGUAUCUCAAAUCUUGCAUUGCCUUUAUCUGUGCAUGUUAUGAUAUAAUCCCUCAAGGAAAUGCAGGUUGAAAUUUUGGUGGUGGUGUUUAUACUUUUGCAUAUGUUUUUCUCCCUCUGUGACAUAUUUUGUCUUUACUGAUAGAGAUGACUUUUAUCAGUGUGCCUGAGUUUUAUCCCUUGGCACACAGUGUGAGGCAGCUGAUGGGAUUGUGCAGCAAAGCUGGGAGCAGUGAUGUGUUACAGCUUCUGCUUGGCAGGCCACAGAGGGAGUGGCACAGCUGGUUGGAACAGCAUUGUAUCAACGCUUUGUUUUAGUGCUGAAGAUGGAAAAUUAACCAGAGCUGGAAACAGUAUUUGCUAGAUGGGAAGUAAAGGAUUGUGACACCUGCACUGACACAAAGCAGUUUUUAAAAGGAGAGAUGUUUGCUGCUGCUGCUGCUGCAGGGUGAGGAUUGCUGCUAUCUGGGAUGCGUUUCCAGUCUUGACAGGCUAAAAUUGUAGUGUGACAGUUUAUACAAAGCCAUUUUUCUCAUUGUCACAUUUUUCUCCCACAUCUACUCACAAUUAAGUUGGAAGAAUGGCUGCUGUCUCAGACACAGAUACAGCUCUUCUUUCAGAUCACAGCAACUGUGUAUUCUCAGUAAAUGGGUAACAAAUGCUGACAUCAGCUCAGGGAUGCUUGUGAAUGAAUCCGUGUGAAUUGGUGCUUGUGAUGCCUUCCUUACCUGAUCACGUGUACAUGGUAGAAAGAAAGGUUUCCUGAAGCAGAAGCAGGUAACAGUGCAGUGUGAUUUGCAGGCACAGUGCACAGACCUCAUGUCUUGGUUGAAGACAGCAAAGUUAUUUGUUGAUGUCUUCAUUUUAUGGGGUCAGUUGCCUCUGAACUAGAGUCCGAAAGAAAACAAGGCAACCUGGCAGAACCAGAACUGUGUCUGUGGUUUAUCUUUAGGUUAGGAUGACAUUAAGCUUUAAAACCCACAGAUUGAGGGAUUCUUCAGCUGUCUCUUGGUGGGCCACAGGACAGCAAUACUGUACCAGAAAGGAGUUGUAUUGAAGAGACACUAUCACCAUGUGUGACAGAGGCUAAAAUGAAGUUUAAGGAAGCGUCCUGAAAUGGUGUCCCCUUCCAUUUGGCAUGGCUGGGAGGACACAGCAGGCAGUACAGAGAGAAGCCAGUCCAUGGAAUGCAAGAGCUAUUCAGACUUUUACUCUGGAAUUACUUUUCUAGGCCCCGUAGACAAGCAGGGGCAGUGGGCAUUUAGAGAAAUGCCUCUGUGGCUUAGAGUUAGUUUGUGCCAGCUCCUUCUGGUUUGGAUUUUGACAUUUUAUGGCUUGUAUUAAGUUUCAAGCAAUGCUUACAUCACUGGAAAUGGUUUAAGCUCUAAAAGUUGUGUCAGUAAAGGCAUUUUUCUGUGGCUAGUAUUAAAAAGCCAUUCUAAGAUUUGUUGCUGAGCUUUUUUUUUUCUCCAGGGUGCCUCUGGCAGGGCAGUAUCUUCCAUCUUUUACAUCUGGCACAGUUGGCAGUUAAACUUUGCCUGUGGCGUGGUGGAGUGGGGAAAAGGCACAUCUGUGAGGUGUUUGGAUGUGUGACACUGUGACAGGAUGUUGUUGAGUUGCUUGUGGUGGUGGCUGUCGGCAGAUCUUGCUGUAUUAGGUGGAGCUGUCUCCUGUAACUCAGUUGCUAAUUAAGGCAAGACCCAAGCUCUUUGUCUUACGUGUCUGUGUUGUUAACUUUAUGUACAAAUAACU